CAAUCUCGUGAAAACAGUCAAACAUACCCAGAUAUACCAUGCAGCGCUUCUUCUUAGCUCUUCUUGCUUUCCUGGCCUUGACGGCUGCUGAAAGCGACGUGAAAAUCACUACCAAGGUAUUUUUUGAUGUGGAAAUUGAGGGAGCCCCGGACAGUGGCGGUCGCAUUGUCAUGGGGUUAUUCGGCGACGUGGUCCCCAAGACCGUCGAAAACUUUCGUUCCCUUUGUACGGGUGAAAAGGGUGUGGGUAAGGCCGGCAAGCCCCUGCACUUUAAGGGGUCUAUCUUUCACCGCAUUAUUCCCAACUUUAUGAUCCAAGGAGGAGACUUUACCCAGGGCAAUGGACGAGGUGGAGAAUCCAUCUAUGGCGAAAAGUUUGCCGACGAAAACUUUGAACUCAAGCACGAGGGACCACUCUACCUCAGCAUGGCCAACGCCGGGCCCAACACGAACGGAUCGCAAUUUUUCAUUACGACUGUCAAGACGUCGUGGUUGGACGGUCGCCACGUGGUGUUUGGCAAGGUUUUGGAAGGAGAAGACGUAGUCAAGGCCGUCGAAGCCCAGGGCACGAACUCAGGGCAGCCCAAGGCCAAGGUUACCUUGGUUGAUUCUGGUGAAGUUUAAACUCGGGAGAAACAACUGAAAAAUAUACCGUAGUCUUUAGAACCUGGUCCAGCUGAUCCUAGAAACUGAUAUAGACAUGUGGAUUUUUUUGAGUCA